AUGAGGGCGCGGUCAACUUCCACGUCUACUGGUGAGUUGGGGAGGGAGGUGUUUUUACAUGUCACGUUGGACAUUACUGGAGAGAAUGAUGAUGAUGAUGAUGGUGAUGAUGAAGAUGAGAAUGAGGAUGCGGAGGAGGAUGCGGAGGAGGAGGAGGAGGAGGAGGAGGAGGAGCUAGAAUCGAAAUUUUUGUGCUCGCUGAUCGGCACUCUCAAUGGAGUAGGACUUACCAGAGAUCCUACGGACCCAGCCAAGUUCCUACAGUGCUUCCUGAGCGGUUCAGAUCUUCAGACAGAUUAUGCUGUGGAGAGUAAGUUCUGCAGGUUCGGCACCUUGUGGGAUGACGACAUUGGAACGUGUGUAAAUCCUUUCGCAGUGGGAAGCGACCCAUGUAGGAGCGGUACCCCCGGCGACGAGCGAGACUACGGGAUCCAGUGUAACGCCUACUGGCAGUGUGCAGGUGGGGGAGGGGGAGGCGUGGUGGGCUCCAACGCCCUGUGCUGCCCCACUGGCCAGGCCUACGUCACAGGGGUCGGGUGUGUGGCCGACGCCAGCUGUACAGACCAGUGUCCUCCCACGUCGGCGGCCAGCUUCCCUGUAUUCUGCCCGUACGCUGUGUCUCCCCUGGGGCCGGAGUACUACCGUGUCCACACAUCAAGCUUCAUCAUUGACAAGGCCUGUCCUACUGGCUUGACCUUUGACUUUGAGUUCUGCUUCUGCAACGGAACGGCCACAGACGGGUUCUAA